ACGCCAAUGUUCAAUUAACUAAUAAUUAACCAACCAAGUUACUCCAUAUCAUGCACAUAAUAAGGUAGAAAAACCAAUAGAGUUUCCUCUAAGAAACUUCACAAAAUUUAUUAACUACAAACCUCCCUUCACCCCAUAAUUCACAUCCCUUUUCUUUCUAUUUUUCAAUUUCCAAAUCUUCACAUUCAACAACAAAACAAUGGUGGUAGUCAAGUCUCCGAAACCAAACCGAAAACGUUUCAUGCUCUCAUGUUUCAUAUCAAUCUUCUUCCUUUGCAUAUUAGCUUCCAUUAACGAAUUUCGCUUCAAGAAUCUUCCAACAUUCGGUCGAUGUAGCAUUCUCUCAAACCAACAACAAGAACAAGAACAAAAACAAGAUAUCAGGAUCCUCAUCGGAGUCCUCACACUCCCCGACCAAUACCUCCGACGACACUUCCUCCGUGUAGUAUACAGUACACAAACCCCUGAAAAUGCAAAAAUCGACGUCAAAUUCGUCUUCUGCAACCUCACAAAAGAAGAUCAAAAAACAAUAAUCGCAUUAGAAAUCAUGCGAUACAACGACAUUAUAAUUCUCAACUGCACAGAAAACAUGAACAAAGGUAAAACCUCAUCAUUCUUCACAAGUUUACCAGAAAUCUUCAAUGAAACAGUGAAUGGACCAAACUACCCUCCUUAUCACUACGUCAUGAAAGCGGACGAUGACACCUACGUGAGACUCAACAGUUUGGUAAACUCGUUAAAACCGUUACCGAGUGAGGAUUUAUACUAUGGAUUCGUGAUACCGUGUGGAAGCAUGGACCCUUUCAAACACUACAUGUCUGGGAUGGGGUUUUUGGUGUCAUGGGAUAUUGUUGAGUGGAUACAUGGUUCUGAUAUUCCGAAGAAACACGUGGAGGGUCCGGAAGAUAAGGUGUUUGGGGAUUGGAUGAGAUGGGGUCGUAGAGGAUUGAAUAGGUUUAAUGCGAAAUGGUCUAUGUAUAAUUAUCCUGAUCCACCUUCUGUUUGUAGUCAUGAGCUUGUGAGCGAUACUAUUGCUGUUCAUUUGUUGAAGAAUCAAGAGAAGUGGAUAAGGACAUUGAAGUUUUUUAAUCAUACUGCUCCUUUGAAGGAAUCGAACAUGUAUCAUAUCUGAUAUCUGAUGUUUCUACACAGCUACCAACUGAACUUGUUUAACUGGACGAGUCUUUUUGGUGAAUCUAAUAUUUGGUUUUUGCCAUUGUUUUAUUUAUUUUUUCAUAUAUUGUUGAGGGAGGAGAAAAGAGAAGGAGAGCUAUUAACUUGUAAGGUAUGAUUUGGUACCUGGUAUGUAGUUUUUAUAUGUAGCUUAAAAUGUAUUUGAUUUAUCUCUGUAGAGAAACAGGGGAUUGUUGAGAAACAUGAAAUUAGUUAAAAAAAAGGAAACAGAGAGAUUCGAGGGUUUUUUUGGGAUGUUUUCUGGGUGCUGUUUCAGAAUUCAUCUUGUAUUUGAAUGUUAUAUGAGAUGUAAUUAGAAA